AUGAAGAAGAAACGAAGUAAACUGAUCUUGAACUGUUGCCAAAAUUCGAUGAUGUCAUCGGGUAGUACGGUCGUCGACUGGAAUGCCAUCGAGAGCCGAAGGAUCGCCGAGAAGGAAAAAGAAGGAAUUAGAGAGAAGAACACGAAUAUGAACUUGCACGCCAAGGGAAGGAAGAACUUGAAGCAUGAACUCAAUGGACGUUCACUGCCGUUGGCGAUCGCUCGUCAGAUCACUCAACAACUGCAUGGAUUGGCGUUGGGAUCGAAGCCGAGUCAAAAACAAGCCGUGCGCCGUCGGAUUCACUUUCCUACGACACUCCACAAUAUCACGAAGAACAGCUUGUUUGCACCACUGCAAGGUGUAACGGACUGCUGGAAGGCUGCCAAUGGCCUCUUCACGGGUCUGCCAUCGGAAAAAAAACUCAAGUUCAGGACCCCGUCGUUGACGAACUGUGCCGCACCGACGUUGCCAUCACCGUCACAUCACGCUAAAAAUGGCAUUAUCAAAGCGCACUGGGUCGAUGGAACGCAUGUCAGACGAUGCAGUAAACCACGUACCGAUCGACGUGAACGGAAGGUCUCUGAAGAGGGUCGAAGAGAGAAAACGGCGAUUCCGUCGCCAUAUUCAAAGGUCACCGAUCCGCGACUGGUCGACGGCCCUCCAAGCAGUGGCCGAGGUUCUGACGACGCAGCGUCACAGUGCCGUGAGAAGAAACGUCAGAGCUAUUCAGCAUCGUCUGGCUACGAAUCCGCCGCUGGCGACUACCAUUCAGCACACUAUCUAUGCAAGGAUGCUCGGUUUAAUCAACGGAAGGCUGUCGAUAAGAGACUUGGAUUAGGUCGAGAGGCGGAUACCCUUCGUGAGCAACAGAGACGGCUUAGAAAGGAACUCCAAGAAGCCAAGGCCAUCAUAGGACAGGUUGACGACGCCAGAGCCAUUUGUCAUGACACCAAGACGACAGGCAUUAGUCAGGCAACGUUGGUAGACACCCUUAGGCAGGAAAAUCGAAUCCUCGAAAAACGACUUAUCGCGUGCCGAAAUCAUACGAUGUUUGUGACAACAUUCCUGUGA